AUGGAGAUGAUGGGAGUGUCGUCCUUUCACACCUUCCAGGCUGCUCGGACUGACUGGGCAGUUUGGCGGCUGAUGCAUUGGGCCAGCUUGUUGCAGCCCCGAAAACCAGAGAAGGAAGCGGGGGAUCCGCAGGAUUUCCGAAUGGAGUUGGAGAUCGAAAAGAGAUGCAGUCCACCAUGCAGCUGUGCACGAAAGAAACAGGUGUACACCCGGAAUGGACUCCACUGGGUCGUUUCCUCACACUAUCGUACGGAUGGCCUGUCCCAAAGAAAAAGCAAGCCCGAGGCCAAGGAUGCUGCCUUGACCCUGGUGACUGACGUGAAGCAAGCCGUAGAAACCGUACAGGCAGCCAAAGGGGCUGCAGAGGACCUGAGCAGCGCGGGGGCGUCCGCGGCCCGUGCCAGCUCGCCGCGACGGGUGAAGAUUCGCUGCAUUGAAGCGCCACAGCGCUUGGGCGUGGAGGCCAUGGUGGCCAAAUACUUGGCCUUGGCUUCCGUCGCCCACUUGGGCGUCACCACGGUGUGGUUGGAUCUGGAUGUCUUCGUCCUGACCGAUCCUAGCUCAUUCGUCUUCGAGGAGCUAGGGAAUACCAGUGAGCCUUGGUGCCAUCAACACCAUGGAAAUCCACGCCCGCCCGACUUGGCCCGCCCUGGCCCGCCCUGCACCUCGCAUCGCCGUGCGCUGUUGCGUAUGAUUUGUUGUGCACGCCAUGCGGAUGUGAGCGCGAAAGCAGCUCGACAUUUGCAUGGAAACCUGGACGAGCCUGGGGAGUUGGUUUUUGCGCGGCAUCAACUCAGCGCUUCCAUCAGUCCUGCAGUGUUGCUGGCGCGCGGCAGCCACAAAGCUGCAUCCUUACUGAUGGGCUACGCGGGAUGGCUGCGGGAGAACCCGUACCUGCUGGACCAUCAGGGUUGGGAUCAAUAUUUGACCAACAAUGAUGGUGACUUUGCCGGGCUCUUUGACUACAAGGGCCGCAACACCACCACCCAAGACCCCUAUGCCCCAGGACAUACCUUCCUAGCCUCCAGUGGUUUGGCACCUUUAGGCCACGUGCCCACGGAUUCAUCAGCAAUGGCCUUCCUGGAUUGUGGCAUCCCAAUCGACAAGGUCGAGAGGCCUGAGGAGGAGGAGGACAAGACCUUGCUGGACAGCGGCAGUCAACGCCUUCACCUCCAGGUGGAGAGCUUAACUCCAAUGCCUCUGAACUGCUCUGGCACCUUCCUUGGCGCACUCUCCUGGCUCGUGGGCGCAAGCGAACGUGCCUUGGUGUAUCUGGCGCCUGGCGCCUGGCGCCGUCCUGAAGCGUCCGUUUCGAGGGGACGAAGAAGGGUAAUGGCAUGUGAUGGCUCCAAGUUCUCAGCCAACUCCUGCUCAAGCUCUAUCAUGGAUUGCGCAACGAAGGGCAAACUGGACUCCAUCGAGACCAUCGUAAGUCAAAAGAAGAGGCAGGUCGGAGCGGUGCAGCAGAAGUUCAAGGUCCCGGAGCUCUGCUGCUGCUUCAGAAAGAAAGCCCAUGAGUUUUGCUGGGCAGAUUUGGUCUCCGGUUUUCAUGAUGCCUGCACAGACUACAAGCGAGACCGAGUAGGCCCUCACGAGGUGUCAGUGGAAAUUACUCUCGGUCGCGCCCUGGCGUUGGAUGACCCAAUUGGCCAGGUCUAUGGAGGUGAAGAUCACCACUUUCCGCUGAAACAUCCAAACUACGCCUUCAUCGGUGCUCGCCAUCAACUUCGACGAGUACACCUUGCACUCUAUAAGAAGUACAAGUACCUUGAUUUCGACAAGGAUCUGACCAUCUUCUCUUCAAAUUUGUUGGCCAUGACGGAGUCGGAGAUGAAGACCUAUGCAUUGCUGAUCCGCAUGUUAGAGAAGUUCUAUUGGAAGCGCUUGCUGCGGCCCGAGGUUGACGACGAAACUCAUGGGCAGCAACGCAGUCAGGAGCAGGCCCGUCAGGUGCUGAGGAGCUACCGACAUUUUUGCCCAGUCACCUUUGCCGCCCUCAGACAACGAGGGAUUGAGGAAAGUCUCUUGAAGAUCGUAGAUCAGUGGUUGCGGAGUUUCUUCUGCUUUGGUUGGGAUCCCCGUCCGCAGCACAUGGGCAACUUUCGGAGACUCAUUAAGGUGCUCUUCAAGGUGAAAGUGGACGAGAGUGACCCUUUUCGAGAUCUGCGGCGGAUUGGCGUGUGCCUGCUGAUGCAAAACUCGGACAAGCUCUUGGAGGCCUGUGAUCACCGAGCAAGCGCCAGGGACUUGGAGGCGAUCGCCAAGCGAGUGGUGCUGGGCCGCAGCUUUUUCCAGGUGUUGGCGGAGAUGAACUGCAGUGACAUGGGGUUCAGCACUGAAGACUCGGUGGCCUUGCUGCCCCUGGGGGUCGCCGGUGGUUGGUGCAGCAUGCUCGAGCUUGACAACGUGCUGCCAGGCUCGGGCCUUGUGAUCCCUGCAGCCUGCGCUUGCAUGGGCCUGGCGGCUGUCUACAAGGAGGGCUUGGGCAAGCUUGAUGACGAGGAUGAGGCUGAUGAGAGCCUGGAGGUGAACCUGGACGAGGAAGUCACCUUUGAUUUCCUGUUGGGCACCGGGAAGUGGCAGACCAGCUUGAGGCUCACCUACGAUGCUGUGAUGUCAAUGGAGUUGAACCCGCCCCCCUUUGCCGGAGAUCUUACAAGCCUACCCUUACAAGCAAUGGACUUCGCGCAGGCAAUGGCCUUCCUGGAUUGCAACAUCCCAAUCGAGAAGGUGCUGCGCCGCAACAGCUCGCCGUUGCAGGGCCCUCGGAUCUGCCGGUUUCGACGCGACUGGCGGUUUCAGCGGUUCGACUCCGGACAGGUGCAGCUCAUUGGGGAUUUGUUUUGUGGCAACUUUACUGGAAUUCCGACAGUGGAGACAGGGCAACAGGAGAUGUUUGAGAUGUUCUAUCCCAAGAGAGCUGCCUUCUCCAGCCUCUCCGAGAAGGCCUUGAAGACGAUCCUUCGUUACCAAAAGCAGCCGGUCUCCACACCAAAGGUGUCCACGCUGCUGAAAGGCCAGAAGAAGCUCUACAUCGUCGCCAUCAGUUAUGCUCAUGGUUGCUGUGCCAAGUCGCUGAAGAGAAAUCGUGACCAAGCCUUGCGCGUGGGCGUGGAUGAAGCCCGGUCCUAUGGUGACCUGAUGGAAAUUGCUUUAGAACCGGUUUCUGUUUGCAAUGCUUGA